UGACAAUCGAACAUCGAACACAACCAAAACCUUGCCAACACGUUUUGGAAAUUGUGAUUGUGAAGAAGAAAUAUUUGUCAUUUGUUUUUGCAUUUGCAAAAUUUUGUGCUCCGCAAAUAAAAACACUGAAUUUCUUUAAAAAUGGAUGGUGUCAGUUUGUUUAAUGAUUUCGUGGCCCUCCACAAACCACAACUCCAACUAUCCAACGUUCCUCCACAUCUCUGGGAAGCUGUCUUCUCCAAAAUCACCACCGAUACCUUCGAUGCAGGUGCUGCACUUUCGUUGAUGCUCAUCGAUUACUCGGACAGUGAACGUGAGGAAACCAGCCCGGUGUUCGCUUUAUGCGUUUCAAAACCUGAUGGAAUCCGAGCUAAUGACCCCAAUGCCAUAUAUCUUGUUGACCAUGCAUGGACUUUCCGGACAAACAUAGCUCGGCAGCAACUGGAAGAAAUCCCACAACUUGCCGAACGAAUGUCGGCUAUAACUGGGGUUGAUCUGGAGGACGCUGACCGAGUUGAUAAGAUCUUACAUGCGAUGUGGAAAUAUUGCCAAGCAUAUUCGAUUGCGGCAGAGGGAACUACCGCUGAGGAGCGUGUCCCCAUUUGGUAUGUUAUGGAUGAAGUGGGCUCGGCUGUCAACCACUCAGACGACCCCAAUUUUAGAAUCGUACCUUUUUUGCAUUUGAACACGCAGACGACAUACAGUUUGCUGUUUCCCAUCCGGGAUGUCGAGGAAGGUGAACAAGUCACCAGAGAUUUUGUGGAAUAUGUGGCCAAGGAUGCUCCGGAGAGGGAUGCCGUUCUCCUUCCGUGGAGAUACACCGAUUUGAAAGAAAAUAGUUUCGUUCAGAGUGAACCGGAUGCAGACUACUUUUCUAAUGGUCACGUUCCCGAAUCGCUUCCUGAGGGGUCAGUGGACGAACCGGUGGUAAGUCGCAAUGAUCCACUGAAGGUCUUCUCAGAGUAUGAUGUCCUCAGUGAGUAUUUAACAGCUCCGUACUUUGAGAUUGUUGACAAUCCGGAGGACGCGGAUGUUCUUUGGCUCAUAAACCAUUUCAAAGACUUCGCUGCAUUGGCCAGAGACACACCCAAUAAAUUUGUCAAUCAGUUCCCCUACGAAUAUGUCCUCACAGUCAAAGAUCUCCUAUGUAUCACCUGUCGCCGAGGAACUAAUGGCAAACACCAUGAUCCUGACACUUUGGACACCCUUCCAGCAUGGCUCCCGACUACCUACAACCUCAAAACAGAAGUGCUGCAGUUUGCUUCUUACUUCCAGAACCGUGAAGCCAAAGGCCUCGACAAUCACUGGAUCAUCAAACCCUGGAAUCUGGCAAGGUCUUUGGACACCUACAUCUCCAAUAACAUUGCUCAAAUCAUGCGACUCCCAGCAACUGGCCCCAAAAUCGCCCAGAAGUACAUUGAGCGACCUGUGCUCUUCCAUCGCCCUGAAUUGGAUGCCAGAGUCAAAUUCGACGUCCGUUAUGUUAUACUUUUGAAGAGUGUUCUGCCGUUGGAAGCCUACAUUCACCGCAAAUUCUAUCUCCGUUUCGCCAAUAAACCCUUCUCUUUGGAUCACUUUGAUGAGUAUGAAAAGCACUUCACAGUGAUGAACUACUUGGAUGAGGCUGAGUUGAGGCACAUCAAGUGCGAUGACUUCCUGGAGUUCUGGGAACAACAAUAUCCCAAUAAUUCAUGGAAUGAUGUGGAAGAUUCAAUUUGUUCAAUGUUGUAUGAAGUUCUGCAUUCGGCCAGUAGCAAAAAAGCUCCAUGUGGCAUUCCUCCAUCUGUACAAUCGAGGGCGUUAUAUGCUGCCGAUAUAAUGCUCUCCUGGCAGGAGGACGGACAGAGGGACAUUCAGCCGAAAUUGUUGGAAGUCAACUUUACGCCAGAUUGCAAGAGGGCUUGCGAAUACUAUCCUGACUUUUAUAAUGAUAUUUUUAAGUUGCUCUUUUUGAACGAACAUGAUAAUGAAGUUUUUAGGAAGUUGACUAAGAACUAAUUUUCAAAUAAAUGAUUGGAAAUUAAACUAACUUGAA